AUGAAUGCAACUUUGCUGAAUCAGACUUGGUCUAAUGAAAGUGAGACAACCUUGCAAAACGUCACUACCACAAUGGAUGAUGUAAAACCAAUCGGGAAUUCUCCAAUGUCAUCUAUAGAUUGGGAAGAUGAGAAAAAAGCAAUGUACAACAUUGAGAUCAUUCUUCAUAGUAUAUUUCUAGCUGUUGGAUUGGUUGGCAACAGUCUCACAAUAGGUGUACUUAUCUAUAAGAAAUGGAAAAACGUAACCUCCAGAUAUAUAUUGAUAGCAUUAGCAGUAUCUGACACGGUCAUGCUUUGCACUCAAACAUUCAACAAAGAUUUUCUUCAAGAUCUCUUUAAACUUGAUGUUAGGGCAUUUUCUGAUAUAGGAUGCAAGAUAUUCUAUAUUUUCUAUCGUACUUCAAAAAUGACAUCAUCAUGGUUUAUCGUAUUUCUCUGCAUUGAGAGGUUUGUAGCUGUCAAGUUUCCCCUCAAAGUUAAAAUCGUCAUUACUGAAAUGAGGACAAAGGUCUACAUCAUUGUUGUCUACCUUACCAUGACCGGCUUCGCCAUAAUAAUGAGUUUUUCAACAGCCACUGGCAACAUGAUUUGUAAGAUGGACGCUAUUGUAACCAAAGAGAAACAUAUGUUUCGAAUACUUUUGUUGAUUGAGAUUAUACUUUAUUCUGUAGGACCAAUAUUUCUCAUGUCAGGGCUAACACCAAUCAUUAUAAUACAACUGUACAAACGAUAUCAGUAUAAGAAAACUCUCACAAAUAAAACAGUGACAUGGAAAGAACGACAGGAACUGAAAGAACUAAUUCGGACAACAACUGUUCUCAUUUCAGUUGUGGCAGCUUUUAUCAUAUGUGUGACACCAAUUACUGUUUUCCAGCAAAUAUUUAUCGAUACAAAGAAAAUUGAGAACACAUAUUCUAUCUUUGUGUUUCGGGAAACUUCACAACGUUUAGAACAAAUCAAUUACAGCAUCAAUUUUUUCCUGUACAUUUUAACUUCUUCCUCAUUCAGGAAGACAUUGUUGGAAAUGUUGCAUAUAAAACGGAAUUAAGAAAAUACAACAGAACGACCAAAGUCAUCUGACAAAAGUAAAUGAAGCAGCAAGGGGUGCAAUAACAGGUACUUUUGAACACACAAGUAAUGAUGGAGUGCCAACCUGUACAUAAUCAUUUUAUAAUCAGCUUGCAUCAAGUAUAAUCAGCUUGUAUUAAGUAUAAUCAGCUUGUAUCAAGUAUAAUCAGCUUGUAUCAAGUAUAAUCAGCUUGGUUUAAGUAUAACUACAGAUCCACUAAACAUAGAUGACAAAAACUACACAGAAAUAUCAGAAAAUAAUACACAGACAAGAGCAGAAAUAUCAAUUAAUCCAAAGACAUUGCAAAAGUCAGGACAAGAGAACAGUCUCCCAGAAAAAACCUGUAAAAAACUGUCGCCUGCUGUGAAGUGCUGCACAAAAUAAUCAUCGUUUGUCCAAACCAACUUAUCAAUGAUAAGUUAGAAGACAACUUUUACCCAAUCUGCAAAAAUGAAAAUGAUGGCACUAAUGUUCUAGUCAAAAAUGCACAAAGUGAGCAUUAGAUUCAUGUAAAAUGUGUAUAUCAGCAUCUUUUGUUUAUGUGAAAUUCGAUAAAGAUCCUGUAAAUAAAAUGUCCAUAGGAACUGUUUCUUACUUACAUGUUUUAUAAGUAUACAAAUCUACUUUUAAAUGAGUAUGUGAGCUUUCAAAGCAUAUUAAAUUUUCAUAAUGAUAUGCAAUAAUAUAAUUAUACUCCAAAAUAUAAACUGUUUUUAACGUGUAUUUCAACAAAACUUUACCUUGUGUUUUAUCAUUUUUUCAAACCAAAUAGCUGAACACUUCACUUCAUAUUGUCAAAUUUAUCUGCUGUUGACAACAUAACGCAUUUGAGUUAGAAACAUAAGAAAAAACAGAGUUGAACGAAUACACUAAAUAGUAUGUACAGUUCAGAAACUGAAGUGCUUUAAUACCAAACAGAACACAUUUUUCCUUUCAUAUUCAAUUUUUACAUAAGAAGUUAUUGAUCGCCUUUUGUGUCUAUACAUUUAGUUUCAUGUAUUACAAAUGUUCACAUUUAACUUCUUCAUUAUCUUAUUAAGGGAACUGUAUUGCAUUCGUUUAUGAUAUAUUCACAGUUUAGUUCAAACAUCAUUAAAAUACAUUUGUUUAUAAAAACUUUGUGUGUAUAAAUAAUCUGGCUGAGCAACCAUUACAAGCAAACGCAUAUUUGCCACCAUCACCAUUCAUAUGAGUCUCCUCUGACCCUACAGACCCUGUGUACUUUUUGGAUACUAUAAAGUAACUGAAAAAUAAAACAUACAUUUUAUCUCAUAUAUCCAUCUGUAUAUAAAACAUACAUUUAACAAUCUUUUGUUGUAACCAACUUACCUAAUACAUGUCCUCAUCUCUAGUAUACACUUUUUCGUGAUAGAACAACAAUCUUAUGCUAGCCUUGCUAGGCUUGAUUUUUUUACUACAACCUUAACAUGUAGUUUUUGUCAAAAUCUGGAUAAUAAAGCAAAAAUAAAGUAAGAAAUCAAAUAAAUGUCACAAGUAAGGCUUUGGUUGACUGGUUCAGAUUUUGUCACCCAGCAAAAUGUAAUUCAAGUACGUACAGAAUUAAAUCACCAAAAAGAUAAAUUAGUUAAAUUUGUGUGCUGUUAGUUACAUGUAUUUCUUUUUAUAUUGUAAUAAUAUUGUUCUUUCAUAAGUCAUAUACAUAUAUUAUAUAUAUGUAUUCUAUGUCAAUAAUUUGA